UAUAUAUAUAUAAUAUAAAAAAUUUUAUAUAUAAAAUUGUUAAUAAAAAAGAAUAUAGUUUUUUAAUUUACGACGAAAAAUGGAUAGAACUAAAUGUAACUCGUAUCAAAACACAUCUGUUUUUACUUACAUUAAUACAAAAAUCAUGGAUGUAGAUUUGUUAAGACCAGGAACAGUUCCUAUUUCACCAGAUACAAUUCUUUGGUUUGAAUUUUUAUUAAAUCCUUCUUUACUACAGAAACAUUUAUCAAAGCCUAAUCCAGACCCAUCAUCUACUGAUUUAAUAAUUAAAUUUAUAACAAUUAAUUCGGAUCAGAAGGAAAGUGAUACAAAAUCUACAGAUGUAGAAGUAAAUGAAACAAAAUCUAGUACGACUAAGUGGUCGCAUAAAAAUCUUGCAUUGAAAAUUCUUGCCUUGAAAGUAGCAGCGCAUUUAAAUUGGAAUUUAGAUAUAUUGGAAAAGAAAUUACCUUUACCAAUACAAGUAACUUUAUUACAAGAUCUGUUUUAUAUAACAACGGACACUAUCGUUGAAAUACCUGCUAUUCCUGAUUUCUCUAUACAUAAUGUUUCUGACCAAACGCUGUUUACAAUUAUCUUAUAUCACAGAUGGCACAUAAGAGCAAUUAUUUACAGAGCUUUAAAUAAUAAGCAAUCAAAACAGCAGUUUCUUCAUAUACCAGGUAUUCAGGAAUCUACUUAUGUACCACCAGGCUUAGUGGAUGAAAUUAUUAGAAAAUUAGAGAUAAAUAUACCCAAUAGUGUUAAUACUUUAAAUGCAGUCUUACAAUCAACGGAUUUAAACUUGAAAUCACUGUCUUUUGAUACUUUUCAAAUGCUUACUGAAGAUAGUACAGAAAUAAAACAAAAGUGGGAAAAUAUGUAUCCUAUCAAUAUCGAAGAAGUUAAAUGUCAGAUACAUUAUGAUUUGGCUGUAUUUCAUUUAUUACGGGAAGAAUAUCAAGAAGCAAAGAGCCACAUUUGUCAAGCAAAAGAAAUAUUUUACAGAUUUGAUAGCUCAGAACCUUUGACAUACUGCAAGAUACAAAAAGAAUUUUUAGAUGGAUGUUGUUUAGCUUGUGAAGUUCCUGUAGAUGGUGUAAAAUCCACUCUAACUCAGCAAUUACAAUCAUCGAUCAAAGAUCAAUAUUUGAAUAUAUUACAAAUUUUACAAACUGAUAAUAUGUCAAGAGAGAUACCAAAAGUCUUUAGGGAUAAUUUAGAAUUGGAUAUUCAAGGAGGAUCUGUAAAUAGAAAACUUGUUGUAGCUCGUGAUUUAUUAUUGCAAAUACAAUGUUUGAAUUUAGUUCGCAAUAUACUCAAUGAAAGUGUUAUUUUUGGAGAUUAUGUCUCUGAAAUACAAGCAGCCGGUGCUAAAGGUCUCGAUGUGCUAUUUUGGGCUCUUGAUAGUGUUAUGGAGAAAGCAACGCCUGUAGAUAAAAAAUGUAUCUCUCGUUAUAUUCUUUACAUUAUAAAUACAAGUGAUUUAGAGGGAUUGGCAUCUAGAUUACUUAAUAAUCCUAAUUACGUAACUCUUUUCAAUGAAAGGGAAUUACAUGAAAUAAGAAAAAAGGCAUCAUUUGAAGAAAUUGAAUUACCAAAUUUAUUAUUGAAUGAUGACUGGGGCAUUCCACCUAUGAGAUCUGCAUAUAAUACGAGAAUAGAAAUUUUUGAAUUAGAACAGAAACUCAUACAGUCUUAUGAUUGUCAAGAAAUUCGUGAGACUUUAUUACUCUUGGAUAGCAAACGUCGUAUGAAGCCAUCAUGGCACAUAAACAAUUAUUGGGAAUUACCUAUACCGUUACAAAGUGUUGUAAUGUCUCUUCCUCGAGGAUUUCUUCAAGAUUACUCAUACGUUCUUUUGGCUAAAAGCAGAGAAUUAGUAAUAUCUAAAGACUUUGAAGGAGCUAUUGAAUUAUUACUUGUUUUAGAAAAGGAAGUGCAACAGCAUUCACAGUCUGGAAAUACAUUAGUUUUUAAAUUAUCUAAAUUAAUUAAUUGGGAAUCAUUACUUGUUGAUAUAUGGAGGUGUCUUCAUGCUUGGCCAGCAACAAACAUAUGUAAUAUACCAAAUUUAGUUACAAGAAGUAAACAGUGUCUUGGUUCAUUGCAAGCAACUGACCAAGUUAUUCCAAGACAAGAAAUCAUUGAAUAUUGCACUGUUUUUCUAUUAAAUAUGUCCGAAUGGGAUUAUCUGACAAGCUUAGAAAAACGAUGGAGUUAUACAGAAUUUGCAGCUGCUAUUAGUAGCGUUUGUCAAGAUAUUGUUAAGUAUAAAGGGACAAGAAAAUUUCCUAGAGAAGCAUGGGAUAUGAUUUUAACAGCUUUUGGAGCAUCUAGAGAUCAACCACAAAAACGAAGUAGUAGUGGUAAUAGCGGUACUGCUGUUGGAAGUGCAUCAAGAGAUGCCAGUGCUAGUAUAUUAGGGACCUUAAACAGACUACGUGAACCAAUGGCUCUUACUGUUGUUAUUUCUCUAUUAGCACGUUUACGCAAUGUAUUACGCGAUGAAUCUAGUCUAGAAUUGCAUACACAGUAUCUUACUCUUUGGCCAGCAGGAGUACUAAAUACCAAUUUUUAUAAUAUUAGAUACAUUGGAGAAUUAUUAUUUCAAUUAUUAAUGCAAGCGUUAAAAUAUCACCCCACUAAUAUUCUUUGGUUGCGAUUAACAGGUGAUCUUAACUUUGUUCUAGGCUAUUAUGAGAGUGCAAUGAAAUACUACCUAGAAGCGAUAAUGGUUGCUAGUGAUUUCUUUAGUCAACCUAUACCACGUACACAAAUAGAUGAUCUUGUUUAUAGAAGAAUGAUUAAAUGUUGUGCUCAUUUGCAAUGCUAUACGCAAGCAGCCAUAUUAUGUCAAUUUUUGGAAGAAGUAGACUAUGCUCUAGCAUUUAAAAUGGCAGGAAGUGAUCAAAAAAGUUGUACAACAGCAGAUGCUAUGGAUGCGUAUUAUCAUUGCAUUUGGGACACAACAAUAUUAGAAUAUCUUAUUCAGUUACAUACUAAACGGGGUGAAUAUCAUAGAAAGCAACUUGCUAUUAAAACAAUAGGUUUGUUAGAAUUAAACUCUAAUAAUAAUGAAGAAAUCCAGAGAGAAGCAGCAAAUAUACGGAAAGCAAAAUUUUUAAGAGCAUUAACGAAACAAUAUGUGUAUUAAUAAAAAAAAAAGAAAUAAAUAUAAAAUUGUAUACUGUUCUUACAAUAGAAAAAUAAAAUUUAUAAUUUUGUAAUAUUUCUAAUAGAUGAUUAAUAUCGUGACUAAUCGGGCAUUAAGAUUACUCAGAAAGAAGGACGUAACUGCACAUUGUUAACAUGAUAGCACGAGAGAAGAAUAGACAAGAAGACAUAUCAAAAGUCUUCGAUAUGGAAGAGAAAUGUGAUGGACAUAUGCGACUGUUGGUAUAACAGUUACGGCGAACGCGAGUCUCAUAAACACGUCGCCAUGAUGGUUCAGCAACGCCAUAAUGCUGCUAUGCGACGUCCCAUUCUCUGUAGAGUAAACAUUCGCUCUUACUUGCUCUUAAUCCGCACUAACGAGAUGCCUAAGGGAUAAGAAUUGUUAACUUUACAAUUUUUGGAAAAAGAAUAGAUAAGUCGACAAUAAUCAUCUCGAUAAUCGAUUGUGAAAUACCCUUGUCUCUUUUGCUGUGCAAACAAGCGGGAGGGAGCUAUAGACAAAAAGAGAGAUAGGAAAAGAAAGGGAAAAGAAAAAAACGGAGAAAGAGGGAGAGAGAGAGAG